AUGUCCAAACUAUCACGGCUCGAUGAGCUUCUAACCGUGAAAAGAACAGAGCGAGAUGGGAUUCUUCGUCCGGUGGACAUGCUUGACAAUGACUCGAUCCGACCAACACCAGUAAAAGAUCGAACAUGGUCCCAAAUCACCUACAUGAUGUUCUGGUUCUCUGCCACUGCGAACGUGAGCAAUUUGUACACAGCUUCCACGGGCAUGUCUAUGGGACUGACCAUGUGGGAAGCCAUCGGGUGCUCUUUCGGUGGCCAGAUUCUUGCCGGUGCCUUGAUGGCUGUGAACGGGCGUGGUGGUGCUAUGUACCGCAUUCCGUUCCCUGUACUUUGUCGUGCCAGCUUUGGGCACUGGGGAGCACUGUGGCCGACGUUUAAUCGUGCGGCUAUGUCAAUUGUAUGGAAUGGAGUCAAUUCCGUUCAGGGAGGGCAAUGUUUAUAUGUCUUUCUCCAUGCUAUAUUCCCUUCUAUUGAAAGAAUUCCAGAUAAGAUGGGAUCUAAGUCGGCUUUGACUUCAGCACAAAUGAUGUGUUUCUUCGUCUAUUGGUUUAUCAAUUGCGCAUUUUUGGUGGUGCCUGUACCAAAGAUGAAGUCGCUGGUCUAUGCCAAAGUUGCUGUAUACUUUGGUGCAGCCUUUGCUAUGUUGGGAUGGACUGUAUCUCUCGCCGGUGGCUCUCUGAAGUCAAUCAAUGCACCCUCGAAGAUCCAGGGGACAGAGAAAAGCUACCUAAUUUUCAAAUUCUUCUUCUUGGGACUCGCAAGCUGUGGAACUUUCAUUUCCAACGCGUCCGAUCUCCAGCGAUAUGCUACAAAGCCUAAUGACGUCCUCAUCGGCCAGUUUAUCAGCUUCCCUCUGUCGAAUUUCUUAGUUGCUAUUAUAGGCAACCUUAUCGCAUCGGCUAGCAAGGAGAUCUUUGGAGAGCUCAUCUGGAACCCGCUGAACUUCUUGGAUAAAUUGAUGGAAGGGGAGCGGUACACCUCUGGCAAUCGCACAGCUUGUGCCUUCAUUGCUCUGGCAUUCGUUUAUUCGACUGUUUUCUCUGCCAUCUUCGAGAACUCUAUCCCUGCGGGUAACGAUAUCGCAGCUUUAUUACCAAGAUACAUUUCAGUCAAACGAGGAUUUUUCAUCUGUGCCGUCCUCUCCUACGCCAUUUGUCCCUGGUAUCUCCUCUCAUCAGCCUCAAUUUUCAUCACAUUCCUCUCCUCCUACCAAAUCUUCCUAUCCGCAAUUACCGGCAUUCUCAUCUGCGACUACUACCUGAUCCGCCGCGGUCUACUCAACAUUCCAGCCCUCUACGUCUCAAAACCAAGUCCAUAUCGAUACUUCCACGGAUUCAACCCGCGCGCCUUCUUGGCCUACAUUAUUGCUAUUGCGCCGAACUUCUAUGGUUUCCUUUUCCAAAUGGGCGUCAAGGCCCCUCUAGGUAUCAAGCGAUUCUACUAUAUCGCUUACCCCACCGGCCUUAUCAUCGGAUUCGGCGCGUCUGGAUGGAUGGAGCCCAAGGACUUUGUGGAAGAUGAGGAUGUUGCUGGAAGUGCUGGAAGUGACGGUUACAUUGACGCUGUUGACCCCGCUUACGCGGAGAAGGGGCCUGUCGCGGUCACUAGAGCAGCCGAUGAAAAGAGUUCUUUCAAAUGA